AUGAGAUUGCGAUCGAUUCUCUACCUUUUCCCUAUUUUUCUCCUAUUUCUUUUGCUUAUCGUUAUUUGUAUUGAUUUUUCAGAUAGAAAUGUGAGUCUUUAUUUAUUUAAAUUUUCACUUUUCAAAUAUUUCUCUAGGACUUGAGAAAAGGUCCAAGUUUUCCGAUUUCACGGCAAAAUGUUGACUACAAAGAUGAUAUUUUGAUUGUAAUGGUUGUUAAAAACCUGGAAGAUGCUGAAAUUGAAUACAGGUUGGAUCUUAGCUGAAUUCUGAGAAAGAAAAUCUGAAAAAUUUUCAGCAUUGCCCUGAACUCUGUGAGAUGUUAUGCGAAGAUGCAAAAAUACACGUUCGAGCUCAUUGAAUCGUCAAAUUUUGAUAAAAUUUGCACGCAAAGUGAUGUAAGAUCUAGAGGAUUUCAACUAGAAAACCCUGAAAUUAAUUGAAAUUAAUUUCAGUUCAUGUUCCAAAGACAUUGCAUAGUUGCAGAAGUUCUGAAAUCAUCGGGCAAAGAUUGGGUCCUAUUUUUAGAUGCCGAUAUGGCGGUGGUUAAUCCGAAUGUGUGAGUUUUUGUGGGGGGAAUUUGGGAGUGGGAGAAAUUGGAAUUACUUUCAAAAAAGUACUAUUUUUUACAAUAAUUUUUUGAAACAGUGAAAAUGUUUUUUCGGGAAAAGUCUUGACAACUGUUUUUUCUUGUAAAGUAAAUUUUUGAACAUUAAUAUUUCAGAUUUUUUCAAGGAUAACUUAAAUUUACAAGAUCACGAAACGAGGGACUUUCGAGAAAAAAAAAUAAUUUUUUACAAAUAUUUCUUGAAACAGUAAACUUUUCAAAAAAAAUUUCUCUGGAAGAAAAUUUUCGGAACUGUUCGCAAAGAAACAAUACUUUGAAAACUAAAAAAAUAUCAUACUAAUUUUUUGAAACAGUAAAAUUUUUUGUUGAAAAUGUCUUGAAAAUCACUGUCCUUGUGAAUUUAAGUUUUUGAAACAGUGAAAAAUUGGGGAAAAUUUAUUUAUUUUGAAAAUUUCUAGUGAACUUCUUAGAACUCCGGGUAAAAAUUAUAUACGAAAUUGUGAAAAUUUCAAAAAGAUCUUAUGAUUAAAAAAAUAAUUAGGAAUUAGAAUUUUUCGAUAUAUCAACUUGCAAAAAACUAUUUCUUCGAUUAAAACAGCUGUGAAAAAAUUUUCGUCCCGAAAAUCUAAUUUUAAGCCGAAUCGAAGAAUAUCUUUCCACACACGAUUUAACAUUUUAUGAUCGAUUUGUGAAUUGGGAAAUCGCCGCAGGCUCAUAUAUCGUCAGAAAUUCCCAAUAUUCCUACGACUUUCUUCGAAAAUUCGCGGAUUUCGAAAAUUUCCUACCAACAAAUAGUUUUCAUGGAACAGAUAAUGGCGCAAUUCACGUUUAUAUUCAACAAUUAUUUUAUCCAAAUUUAUCAGAAAAUGCAAAAAUUUGUAUGAGAAUUUGGGAGAAAUCGAGAGGUUUUGAUGAUUUAUAUACAUUUGAGGCUUGUAUUCGAGCAAUAAUGGGAGAAUCGAGAGAAUUUGGAGAUGGAAAAUUGAGAAUUUUGGGGAAAGGAAGUGGAUGGGUUAGAGAUAUUUGGUUGAGUGAUAGUGAAUGGAGUCAGCAGAGAGAUUUUAUGUUGCAUGGCUUGAAAAAGGAGAAUCGAAUACCGUGGUCGCAGGGAUAUUUGACUAAUUUGUGAGUGUUUUUUGGCAAAUUCGGAUCAAAAGCUGCUUUUGUUACACAUUUAUCAAACGUUGGGACUCACGAGAAAAUUUAGAGAAUUUCAUGAAACGUAAAAUUUUCGGGUACAAUUUUUGUUGAAUUUUGAAAAAAAAUUUCUGGAUCAUUUUUAAACCAUAUUAUUUUGAGGAACUUGCAACAUUUUUUGAAAUAUAAAAUUUCAGUCGGAAUCAAAGGUUAGGACUUACGAAAAAAAUUAGAGAAUUUCAUGAAACGUAAAAUUUUCCGGAACAUUUUUUUUUUGAAAUUUUGGAAAAAAUCCUAGAUUAUUUUUGAAUCAAAAUAUCUAGGAAAUUAUCGGAUUUUCUAUAAAUAUCACAAAUUUCUUAUAAACAGUACAUUUUCCCUUUUUUUUUUAAGUUUGAAGUUCGAAAAAUUCUCCAAAUUUUUGAAGCAGUAAUUUUUUUAUUUCAACAAACUAUCUACCUAUCAAUAUAAUUUCGAUAAAAUAAAUUGUACUGAAUUUUUCGCAGCGUAUUCUCAAAUUUCAACUGGCGAUCUCCCUUCAAAUCGUCGUUUGAUCUCGAAAAAUGCGAAACAAACACAGAAAAUUGGAAACUGAAGUAUGAUUCAAACCUAAUUGUUUCAUCGACAAAAAUCGAAAGAUAUUUGGAGCGGAAAUAUGUGGAAAUUGAAAAGAAAAGAUGGAAAUUUAUGAGUUUUGUUAGCGAUUAUUUAUAA